CACCAUUGGAAGCUCUUGGAGUUCACAUUCACCAAUCAGAACACAUCAUUCCCGUCGGUCACAUCCAGCUCUGAACUGGUUCUAAAUAUAAAACAGCGACCCCGAAGGGUUUGUCAUUAUCCUGAUAUAAGGGUCCGAACCACACAUGCAAUAGUUCGACCUAAGAUGUAUAUGACAAAGAAGAACCUUGUGAUAAACGUGACAGCCAUUGUAAAGCAAGCCACUGCAGAGAGGUCAGAGCAACUGACCUUUAAGGUCAUCCAUCGUCGCAGCGCCCAGCACCAGUCUUGCAGGCUCAACACAAAUGCUCUGCUCAUCAUGUACAGCGACAUGUUCACAGCAGACAUCAAGAGGUCGCAGCAGAACAGCAGGAAGUCCAAAAGAUUAUUCAAGACUUCAGCUGAGACGCCAAAUACUUCAGCAGAGGGACCAGGAAAGGGUUUGUCAACGCAGGACUCUCCGACCGAGACAACCCCAAAUGUUCCGACAGUAAAAGCGCCGUCACUGGAGGAGGACAAGCGGAGGCGGCGGUCGUUGCAAAACACAUCGUCUUCGCCUGACCAACUUUUUAACAGGAAUUUCAAGAAACAUAAUACAACUAACUGCAGCUUAAAACCUUGGCAAAUUCGGUUCUCUGACAUUCGCCUCAAUUGGAUCCUAAGUCCAAAGGUUUAUAAUGCAAGUUACUGCUCAGGCCAUUGUCUGAGUCUGAUAGACUCAAGGGUGAGCAACCAUGCUUUUUUGCGCAACAAGUAUCAUCUGUCAACUGGCUACAGCCAUGUACACAUCCCCUACUCUUAUUGCGUCCCCUCUGUAUACUCACCCCUGCCAAUUAUUUAUGAGAGCAAGCUAAAAGAAGUCCUUAUCGGCACUCUACAUAACGUGAUAGCCUUAGAUUGUGCCUGUUGGUAGCGUUAUGAUGAGAUGGCCACGUGAGAUUUUAAGGGUUUUUUUGGGGAUGUGAGGAAAGGAAAAAAAAAGAAAAAAGAGAGAACUUUUUGGGGAAGGACAAGUCUAUUACUAACAUAAAAAGAAAAAAAAUUAAUAAUUAAAAAACAAUAUAUGGAAUCCAAAAAUCAGGAUCUUUUUUUGCCAAAGUGUCUCACUUCUGUAAGCCAUUUUCUUAUAACUGGCUUCUUCCAGGUUAGAAAACAUGGAAGCAACAAGAGAAAAAUAGGUCUUGUGUUACAAAAGUCCAUGCUCAAACAAGAUAUUUCAGUAAUGAAAAACACUUCUGGAAUGCAGUUGGAUACCUUUAAUAAUAAUAAUAACAAUAAUAAUAAUAACAACAACAACAACAACAAUUCUUUCUACUGGAAGCACAAGGCCUCAAAUUUGGGGGAAAGGGAU